AAUCUGUGCUUUUUGUUUUUUUCAGGCACUGAACCAGACAUGAGUGGUAUGGUAUCAGACCACAACACUUCCUCUCAGGAAGAAUAUCUCCCAAACUAUCUCCAGAAGGAAGACCCCUUUGCAUCAAAGCUUUCUAGAGAAGCUGACAUCAUAGCUGGCUUUUAUUUGACAGUAAUUGGGAUUCUUUCAACUCUGGGAAAUGGGUAUGUUAUUUUUAUGUCCUCAAAGAGAAAAAAGAAGUUGAGACCUGCUGAGAUAAUGACUGUUAAUUUAGCUGUGUGUGAUCUGGGCAUUUCAGUUGUAGGAAAACCCUUUAGUAUAAUUUCCUUCUUUUCUCACCGCUGGGUGUUUGGAUGGAUGGGUUGCCGCUGGUAUGGAUGGGCUGGUUUCUUCUUUGGCUGUGGCAGCCUUAUUACCAUGACAGCUGUCAGCCUGGAUAGAUACCUAAAAAUCUGCCACUUGUCUUAUGGUACCUGGCUUAAGAGACAUCAUGCAUUUAUCUGUCUGGCAAUAAUCUGGGCUUAUGCUACAUUCUGGGCUACGGUGCCUUUUGCUGGUGUGGGAAGUUAUGCUCCUGAGCCGUUUGGGACCUCCUGCACUCUGGACUGGUGGCUGGCACAGGCUUCAGUGGCUGGACAGGCUUUUGUUCUGAGCAUUCUUUUCUUUUGCCUCCUGUUCCCAACUGCUGUGAUUGUGUUUUCCUAUGUCAAAAUCAUUAUGAAGGUCAAAUCAUCCACCAAAGAAGUUGCUCACUAUGACACCAGGAUUCAGAACAGCCACAUACUUGAAAUGAAGCUGACCAAGGUGGCAAUGUUGAUCUGUGCCGGGUUCCUCAUCGCCUGGAUCCCUUACGCUGUAGUCUCUGUGUGGUCAGCCUUUGGACAGCCGGAUUCUGUUCCCAUUCAAUUUUCAGUGGUACCAACUCUGCUUGCAAAGUCAGCAGCCAUGUACAAUCCAAUUAUUUACCAGGUCAUUGAUUGUAAGUUUGCCUGUUGCCGGUCAGGAGGAUUGAAGGCACUGCAGAAGAAGAGCUCUUUGAAGAAAUCAAGGAUGUAUAGCAUCUCUGCACACAGAGACUCAAUGAUGAUGAACGAAACCCAUCUGGAAGCAUGA